AUGCCACCCCCAAUCCGAACUUUCUGGAACCAACCUUGGGCCAGCUACAAUACGGCCUUGCAGGAGUGCGAUCAUUGUCAACUAACGUUUACACUCUACGACUGCGGAUGCGUCAGAAUGACUCUCCCUCAUUUCGACGAAGAUCCUCUUAGUACAUCAUGCAGAAUUUAUCCUCCUUCCGAAUACUCCUUCAAGCCCAAACCAACCACAAGACCCAAAAUUUUCUACAAGCGAAGAAAUGACGGUUGUGGAAGAGUCAAUGAAAGCGAUUGUAGAUGGGAUGCGAAAAAAGAAACACCAUGUCCAUAUGAACUCAACAGCCGUGGAGAUUGCGAAGACUAUGUUCACAUCUACAAGAAAUGUACUCAUGUAAGAAUGCGCUUUGUGGGAAGGUGUCAGAAUGAAGAGAAUCGAUAUAAUCGAGGAGAACCGCCGAUACAUGUGCCACAUAUUGUUGGUGGUGUUGUAGACGAUUUCUGCAGUCGAGAAUGCCUGGAUAAACAAGCAGUUCUUGAUGAGGAACAACAAACUUUGGAAGAGGAAAUGGCUCGAAGAAUUGAGAGUGAAGCUCAGGCAAGAAAUGAGACAGAAAGAUCUCAUAAUUAUGAUAUGGAGACAAACAAAACCGGGCCACUCAAAGACCUCGCAGUCCGAGAACUCACGAUAGUGCUUCGACAUCGUCGACUUCUUUGA